GCGAACGAACGGAGCGAACCAGUAGUUCCUUACCAUAGUGCACGUUGUGUGCCACGCAAAAUCGCCGCAAAUUGCUUUGAUUUCUGAUAUAAAAGUCAUGGGAAAGAAACUGGAGCGCAGCGACGUUGGCCGAGUGCCGGAGAACAUCAAUUUUCCGGCCGAGGAGGAGAGCGUUCUGCAGCAGUGGCGUGACGAAAAUAUCUUUGAAAAGUGCAGCCAGCUGUCGAAGGGAAAGCCCAAAUACACGUUCUACGACGGACCGCCCUUCGCCACCGGGCUGCCCCACUACGGACACAUCCUGGCCGGCACCAUCAAGGACAUCGUUACGAGGUACGCCUACCAGCAGGGAUACCAUGUGGACCGCCGCUUCGGCUGGGAUUGCCACGGUCUGCCGGUGGAGUUCGAGAUCGACAAGCUGCUGAACAUCCGGGGGCCCGAGGACGUGGCCAAGAUGGGCAUCGCUGCCUACAACGCCGAGUGUCGCAAGAUCGUCAUGCGGUACGCCGACGAGUGGGAGAACGUGGUGACGCGCGUUGGGCGCUGGAUCGACUUCAAGAACGACUACAAGACCUUGUACCCCUGGUACAUGGAGUCCAUCUGGUGGAUCUUCAAGCAGCUGUUCGACAAGGGUCUGGUCUACCAGGGCGUCAAAGUGAUGCCCUAUUCCACCGCCUGCACAACAUCGCUGUCCAACUUCGAGGCGAACCAAAACUACAAGGAGGUCGUUGACCCUUGUGUGGUGGUCGCCCUAGAGGCAGUUUCGCUGCCCAACACAUUCUUCUUGGUGUGGACCACCACGCCCUGGACCCUGCCCUCGAACUUCGCAUGCUGUGUCCAUCCCACGAUGUCGUACGUUAAGGUGCGCGACGUGAAGAGCGAUCGACUCUACGUGCUCGCCGAGUCGCGUCUCUCGUACGUGUACAAAUCGGAGGCGGAGUACGAAGUGAAGGACAAGUUUGCGGGCAAAACCCUGAAGGAUCUGCACUACAAGCCGCUGUUCCCGUACUUCGCGAAACGUGGGGCCGAGGUGAAAGCCUACCGCGUCCUAACGGACGACUAUGUCACCGAGGACUCCGGCACGGGCAUUGUGCACAAUGCCCCCUACUUCGGCGAGGACGAUUAUCGCGUAUGUCUGGCGGCGGGGCUCAUCACAAAGUCCAGUGAUGUUAUCUGCCCAGUUGACGAGUCGGGACGGUUCACCAAAGAGGCCACUGACUUCGAGGGUCAGUACGUGAAGGAUGCCGACAAGCAGAUCAUGGCCGCGUUGAAGGCACGGGGAAACUUGGUGUCCAGUGGCCAGGUGAAGCAUAGCUACCCCUUCUGCUGGCGGUCAGACACACCGCUAAUCUACAAGGCCGUGCCCUCCUGGUUUGUGCGUGUCGAGCACAUGUCGAAAAACCUGCUGGACUGCAGUUCGCAGACGUACUGGGUGCCAGACUUUGUCAAGGAGAAACGAUUUGGCAACUGGCUAAAGGAGGCAAGAGAUUGGGCUAUCUCCCGCAACCGCUACUGGGGCACGCCGAUUCCUAUCUGGAGGUCGCCCAACGGGGAUGAGACCGUGGUCAUUGGCAGCAUCAAGCAGUUGGCCGAACUAUCGGGCAUUCAGGUUGAGGAUCUGCAUCGCGAGACCAUCGAUGACAUUGAAAUACCGUCGGCAGUUCCCGGAAAUCCACCACUGCGUCGCAUAGCUCCCGUCUUCGACUGCUGGUUUGAGUCCGGUUCGAUGCCGUUCGCACAGCAGCACUUUCCGUUCGAGAACGAGAAGGAUUUCAUGAACAACUUCCCCGCCGACUUCAUAGCAGAGGGCAUAGAUCAGACCCGCGGCUGGUUCUACACGCUCCUAGUAAUCUCAACGGCUCUGUUCAAUAAGGCGCCGUUCAAGAACCUCAUUGCCAGUGGCUUGGUGCUGGCCGCUGAUGGCCAAAAGAUGUCGAAGCGCAAGAAGAACUAUCCAGAUCCCAUGGAUGUGGUCCAUAAGUACGGAGCGGAUGCCCUACGACUGUACCUUAUCAAUUCUCCCGUGGUGCGGGCUGAAAGCCUGCGGUUCAAGGAAGAGGGUGUGCGCGACGUCAUCAAGGACGUGUUUCUGCCCUGGUACAACGCCUAUCGGUUCUUGCUUCAAAACAUUAUUCGCUAUGAGAAGGAGGACCUGGCAGGAAAGGGGCAAUACACAUACGAGCGUGAACGGCACUUGAAGAAUAUGGACAAGGCCUCCGUCAUCGAUGUGUGGAUUUUGUCUUUCAAAGAGUCUCUGCUCGAAUUCUUUGCUACCGAGAUGAAAAUGUAUCGCCUGUACACGGUCGUGCCCAGGCUGACGAAGUUCAUUGAUCAACUAACAAACUGGUAUGUGCGACUUAACCGUCGCCGCAUCAAGGGAGAACUGGGAGCUGAGCAGUGCAUCCAAUCACUGGACACGCUCUACGACGUUCUCUAUACAAUGGUCAAAAUGAUGGCUCCUUUCACACCCUACCUCACGGAGUACAUAUUCCAGCGGCUGGUGCUGUUCCAGCCACCGGGCUCGUUGGAGCAUGCUGGCUCAGUUCACUACCAGAUGAUGCCCGUCAGUCAGAGCAAGUUCAUUCGAAGCGAUAUUGAGCGCUCGGUGGCCUUGAUGCAAUCGGUUGUCGAGCUGGGUCGCGUUAUGCGGGAUCGACGAACGUUGCCUGUUAAGUACCCGGUUUCGGAGAUUAUCGUUAUCCACAAGGACUCACAGACCCUGGAGGCUAUUAAAAGCUUGGAGGACUUCAUUCUUAGCGAGCUCAACGUCCGCAAACUCACUCUGAGCUCCGACAAAGAGAAAUACGGCGUCUCGCUAAGGGCAGAGCCUGAUCACAAGGCGCUGGGUCAGCGGCUUAAGGGAAAUUUCAAGGCUGUAAUGGCCGCUAUCAAGGCGCUGAAGGAUGAGGAAAUUCAGAAGCAAGUGUCGCAGGGAUACUUCAACAUACUGGAUCAGCGUGUCGAACUCGAGGAAGUUCGUAUCAUUUACUGCACCUCAGAGCAGAUGGGCGGAAACUUUGAAGCCCACAGCGACAAUGAUGUUUUGGUACUGUUGGACAUGACGCCAAACGAAGAGCUGCUUGAAGAAGGCCUGGCCCGUGAGGUCAUCAAUCGGGUGCAGAAAUUGAAGAAGAAGGCUCAGCUUAUACCAACUGAUCCGGUUCUCAUCUUCCAUGAGCUCUCUACCGACAACAAAGCCAAGAAGGAGACCCUAGAGACGCAGGCUCAGCUAACAAAGGUUUUGGCCAGCUACACGAAUAUGAUCAAGACGGCCGUUAAGUCGGAGUUUGCUCCGUAUUCAUCUAAGCAGGCUGCCAAAAAACGAGUAAUAGCCAGCGAACUCGUCGACCUCAAAGGAGUUCCUUUAAAAUUGACCAUUUGUUCCACCGAGGAACUGCAGCUUCCAAGUCUGCCCUGGUUGAAUGUAUCCUUGGCCGAAGACCUAAACCCACGCUUUGGUAACAGCAACAAAGCAUCGCUAUUUCUGCAGCACAACGUUAGCAAGGAACUCAUCUCACUGCCCACGCUUCGCACCGAGUUAGAGCAUUUGUUUGGCCUCUAUGGCGUCAACUUUAAUAUCUAUGUUGUUGAUCAGCAAAAAAAUGUUACCGAGUUGAAGUCCAUCGAUAAGAACCUUAGCGGAAAUUUGUUGGUUCUGGCUCGUAGCCAGGACGCACUGAAACAAGCAGCAGGCUAUGAAAUAGCCCCAGCUCCUUACUCCAAAUUCGUUAACCAGCCUUCAGGGAACGUUGUCUUCACGGAGAACCCGUUGGGCCGAACCUUAUGUUAAACUCGGUACUUUUUUGUAUUAAAUUAUAAACGAAAGGAAAAUAAAAUAUACGUCGUCAACUUUUUGGAAAAGUUGUAAACUAAUUCUUUGUACCGAAA